AUGGCGGCGGCAGCAGCAACGGCGGGUGGCAGCAGCCUGCACGGCGGCGGCACAGCAGCGGCUGCGGCGGCAGCAGCGGCGGCAGCAGCAUGGCGGCGGCGGCGGCAAGCAGCACACGGCGGCGGCAUUAGCAGAACGGCGGCGGCAACAGCAGCAGCGGCGGCGGCAACAGCGGCACGGCGGCGGCUGACGGCAGCAGCUACGGCGGCAUCCGGCAAUGGCUGCUGCGGCGGCGGCGGCAACAGCUGCUGCAACGGCGGCGGCGGUGCAGCAGCACGGCGGCGGCAACAGCAUAACGGCGGCGGCAGCAGCGGCGGCAACAGCAACGUGGCGGCGGCUGCAGCUGCACGGCGGCGGCACAGCAGCACGGCGGCGGCUGCAGCAGCUGGCGGCGGUGGCAACAGCAGCACGGCGGCGGCGGCACAGCAACAGCGGCGGCGGCGGCAGCACGGCGGCGGCAGCAGCAGGCGGUGGCACUGCUGCACGGCGGCGGCGGCACAGCAGCACGGCGGCGGCGGCAGCAGCACGGCGGCGGCAGCAGCAGCCACCGGCGGCGGCGGCAGCAGCAGGCGGCGGCGGCUACAGCAGCAAUGGCGGCGGCAAUUAGCAGCACGGCGGCGGCGGCAACAGCUAGCAACGGCGGCGGCAGCUAACGGCGGCGGGCAACAGCAGCACGGCGGCGGCGUCACAGCAGAACGGCGGCGGCACAGCAGCAACGGCGGCGGCACAGCAGAACUGCUGCUGCUGCAGCUGCGGCGGCGGCACAGCUCACGGCGGCGGCAACAGCAGCCACGGCGGCGGCGGCUGCAGCACGGCGGCGGCUACAGCAGCACGGCGGCGGCGGCAGCAGCAGCAGCAGCGGCGGCGGCAACAGCAACGGCGGCGGCAGCAGCGGCGGCGGUGGCAGCAGCACGGCGGCGGCAACAGCAGAACGGCGGCGGCAGCAGCACAGCACGGCGUGGCGGCAGUGCACGGCGGCGGCAACAGCAGCACGGCGGCGGUGGCAUGCAGCGGCGGCGGCGGCAGCAGCACGGCGGCGGCACAGCAGCACAGCGGCGGCGGCAGCAGCAGCACGACGGCGGCGGCGGCAGCAUCGCACACGGCGGCGGCAGCAGCAUAACGGCGGCGGCAACAGCAGCAGCAACGGCGGCGGCACAGCAGCAGCGGCGGCGGCGGCACAGCAGCACGGCGGCGGUGGCACAGCAGCACGGCGGCGGCAUGGCACAGCACGGCGGCGGCACAGCUGCAGCGGCGGCGGGCGGCACAGCGCAGCGGCGGCGGCAACAGCAGCACGGCGGCGGCGGCAGCAGCACGGCGGCGGCGGCACAGCAGCUGGCGGCGGCGGCACAGCAGCACGGCGGCGGCGGCAGCAGCACGGCGGCGGCGGCUGCAGCACGGCGGCGGCACAGCAGCACGGCGGCGGCACUGCUGCACGGCGGCGGCAACAGCAGCACGGCGGCGGCACAGCAGACACUGGCGGCGGCGGCACAGCAGCACUGCUGGCGGCGGCAGCACUGCGGCGGCGGCAUAGCAGCACGGCGGCGGCGGCAACAGCAGCACGGCGGCGGCGGCGGCAACACGGCGGCGGCGUGCACGGCGGCGGUAUUAGCAGCACGGCGGCGGCUACAGCAACGGCGGCGGCAACACAGCCACGGCGGCGGCAACAGCACGGCGGCGGCUACUGCAUGGCGGCGGCACAGCUGCACGGCGGCGGUGGCAGCAGCACGGCACGGCGGCGGCCACAGCAGCACGGCGGCGGCAACAGCAUCACGGCGGCGGCGGCACAGCAGCACGGCGGCGGCACAGCAGCCACGGCGGCGGCGGCACAGCAGCUGCGGCGGCGGCAACAGCUGCAGCACGGCGGCACAGCACGUGCUGUUGCAGCACGGCGGCGGCAGCAGCAGCACGGCGGCGGCUGCUACUGCAGCACGGCGGCUGCUACUGCUGCUGCUACUGUGCUGCUGCUGCCACGAUUGCGGCGGCGGCACAGAGCACGCGGCGGCACAGCACGGCGGCGGCGGCAAUAACAGCUACUGCUACUGCUGCUACUGCUGCACUGCUGGCUACUAUCACGCGGCGGCAGCAGCGACGGCGGCGGCGGCACUGCAGCACGGCUUAGCGGCUGCGGCGGCAGCACAGCAGCACGGCGGCGGCAGCAGAACGGCGGCGGCACAUGCUGCACGGCGGCGGCAACAGCAGCGCUGUGCCACUCUACUGCUACUGCUGCCCAACGCUUGCUGCUACUCCAACGCAGCAGCAGCAGCAACGCACUGCUGCUUAACAGCAACGGCAGCAGCAGCUGCUGCUGCUGCUGCUGCUGCUGGCAGCAGCAGCGCUGCUGCAGCAGCAGCAACGCUGCUGCUGCUACUGCUGCUGCUGCUACUGCUUGCUGCUAUUUGGCUGCUGCUGCUGCUGCAGCAGCAGCAGCUGCUACUGCUGCUGCUGCUGCUGCUACUACUGCUGCUGCUGCUACUGCUGCUGCUGCUGCUGCUACUGCUGCUGCUGCUACUACUGCUGCUGGCUGCUACUACUGCCGCAGGCUGCUGA